AUGUCCAGCUUGAACAUUCUUGUUGUUGGUAACGGCGGUAGAGAGCAUGCCAUUGCCUGGAGAUUGGCCCAAUCUGCCAGUGUUGGCAAAGUCUAUGUUGCACCGGGAAAUGGAGGUACUUCUACUGUUGGAGACAAGGUGCAGAACGUUCCAGAAUUGUCAGGCUCCCCUAAGCACUUUGAUGCUUUGCAGAGAUUCGCUGUUGAGAACAAGAUCGGCUUGGUCGUUCCUGGGCCUGAACAGCCUUUGGUUGACGGCAUCUCAACUGUCUUCACGAAUGUCGGAAUUCCAGUCUUCGGCCCAUCUGCCAAGGCUGCUGUCAUGGAGGGCUCCAAGGCCUUUUCCAAGGUCUUCAUGGACAAGCACAACAUCCCAACUGCCAGAUUCAAGAACUUCACCAACGUGGAGGAGGCCAAGAAACACAUCGAGGAGAUCGACUACAAGAUCGUGUUGAAGGCCGAUGGAAUCGCUGCCGGCAAGGGUGUUUUGAUCCCAGAGACCAAGGAAGAAGCUUUGGCUGGUUUGAAUGAGAUCAUGGUCGACAGAAACUUCGGCGCUGCCGGCGAUGAAAUCGUGAUUGAGGAGUUCUUGGAAGGCGACGAGUUGUCGAUCUUGACUAUCACCGACGGAUACUCUUUCUUCAACCUACCUGCCGCACAAGACCACAAAAGAGUUGGAGAUGGCGACUCGGGCUUGAACACCGGUGGAAUGGGUGCCUAUGCCCCAGCGCCCAUCGCCACUGGCGAGGUGUUGGCCAAGAUAAACGAGCAGAUUAUCAAGCCUACCAUCGAUGGCAUGAGAAAGGACGGAUACCCCAUGUGCGGUGUUUUGUUCACUGGUAUCAUGUUGUCUCCAAGCAAGGAGCCCAAGGUCUUGGAAUACAACGUCAGAUUUGGCGACCCUGAGACCCAGACGGUCUUGCCCUUGUUGACCGACGACACAGACUUGGCAGAGGUGAUGCUCGCGGCAGCUGAACAUAGAUUGGACUCCGUCACUAUCAAGACUAAAGAAGACACCUACUCCACGACCGUUGUCAUGUCUGCUGGUGGAUAUCCAGAGGCCUAUGCCAAGGGCGACGAGAUCACAAUCAAGACUCCUCCUGCUGACACUUACAUUUUCCAUGCUGGAACUGACGUGAAGGACGCUAAGAUCGUUACUUCGGGAGGCAGAGUCAUCGCAUCGACCGCCACUGCAUCCACGCUAAGGGAGUCCGUGGACAAAGCCUAUGUUGGUGUUGACCAUGUUUCUUUUGACAAGAAAUACAACAGAACGGACAUCGCGCAUAGAGCUUUCAGAGACGCUCAGAAUGCCAGUGCUGGAACCACCUAUGCGGAAGCGGGCGUUUCUGUAGACAACGGUAACUUGUUGGUGGAACAAAUCAAGGCCAAGGUCAAGUCGACUGCCAGGGCUGGUGCUGACUCCGACAUUGGUGGGUUUGGUGGUUUAUUCGAUCUCAAGGCUGCGGGUUACGACGGAGCUGACACUCUCUUGGUUGGCGCGACGGACGGUGUUGGAACCAAGUUGAGAAUUGCUCAGAUCAUGAACAUUCACGACACCGUUGGUAUUGACUUGGUGGCCAUGAAUGUCAACGACUUGGUCGUGCAAGGUGCCGAGCCUUUGAUUUUCCUUGACUACUUUGCCACCGGUAAACUUGAUGUUGACAUUGCUGCCAAGUUUGUUAGCGGUGUCGCUGAUGGCUGUAUUACUGCUGGCUGUGCUUUGGUUGGAGGUGAAACUUCUGAGAUGCCUGGAAUGUAUGACGAGGGUCAUUACGACACUAACGGUACCGCUGUUGGUGCUGUUUCCAAAUCCAAGAUCUUGCCAAAGAUUAGCUCCAUGAAGGCUGGCAACGUCUUGAUUGGUUUAAAAUCUGACGGUGUGCACUCGAACGGGUUCUCACUUGUUCGCCAUAUCAUCCAAAAAUCCGGUCUUGACUACAAAUCUAUUGCUCCAUGGACCGAUAGCGGCAAAACUAUCGGUGAGGAGCUCUUGAUCCCAACUAAGAUUUACGUCAAGCAACUCCUUCCCUCGAUCAAGAAAGACUUGUUACUUGGAAUGGCCCAUAUCACCGGAGGUGGCUUGGUAGAAAACAUCCCCCGUGCUUUACCCAAGAACUUGCAAGCUCAAGUUGACUUAAGUGCAUGGGAGGUGCCUGAGAUCUUCAAGUGGUUUGGUAAACAGGGUCAAGUGCCUACUGCUGACUUGUUAAAGACUUUGAACUUGGGUAUCGGUAUGGUUGUUAUCGUUGAAGAAGCCAAUGUUAACGCUGUACUCGCCGAGCUCAAGCAAGCAGGUGAGGAUGCUGUUGUGAUUGGUGACUUGAGGGAGAGAAAGGCCGAUGAAGAGGCCUGUAUCGUAAACAAUGCUGAGGGACUCUACUGA